AUGCUAGGAGUUGGAGAUCGAAGGCAAGAUGCUUUAUCCGCUUUCAAGAGCUACAACAAUGUUCAGCUUGAUGGAAAGCCAAUGAAAAUUGAGGUUGUGGGAACAAAUACCAUGACUCCUGCUGCUGGCCUCCAUCUGCAAAUGGUUCCUUUGAAGGUACAAGUGGGAUUCCCAAAAGGUAUGGACUGCAGUGGACAAAGAAGUGGUCCCUUGGAAGGUCACAUGGUCGUGGUGGUCGAGGCCAUGGAUUUGGAAGGGGCUGUUGACGGGGAAGGGGCCGUACUGAGAAGAUAUCUGCGGAAGAUCUUGAUACUGAAUUGGAGAAGUAUUACUAAGAAGCAACGCAUACAUAUUGAAUUCUUCCCUCAGGUUUAUUGGUUGGCUUCUUUUCACCUGCUGUAG